AUGUCUGAAGGUGAGAGGUCAAGAGGUCAGAGUUCAGUGGUAGUGAGUGACCCUGAGGGGGCUGGGUUACAGUUCCUCUCCAGGACGGUGUUGAACAGGUACUCGUCAGCCCCUCUGAUCCCCGUGGCUCCAGCCCCCCUGGUGUCAAUGUUGCCCUCUGUGUCUCUGUUGCCCUCUCCUGGUGGCGUGAGGGACUGCCUCAGGCUGAGGGGGCUGCCCUACACCGCCACCAUAGAGGACAUACUGGCCUUCCUAGGAGAAUACACACACGACAUCAGACCACACGGAGUACACAUGGUGGUCAACCAACAGGGUCGUCCGUCAGGGGACUGUUUCAUCCAGAUGCGUUCAGCGGAGCGGGCUUUCUCUGCCUCCCAGCGGGUCCACAAGCAGGUGAUGUCUGGUCCGGGCCAGGCUGGCAAGCGAGGGGUUAACAGCCGCUAUGUGGAGGUGUUCCCCUGUAGCGCUGAAGAGAUGGGUCUGGUGUUGAUGGGAGGCUCCCUCUCACACACACACAUUCACACACACACCCGGACUAGGAAUGGGACAGGGCUCAGCCCGCCGCCAUGUAAGUCCAGACGUAAGUGCUGCUGGGAGCUGGGCGCUUCGGGACCGCAGGGUAGGUGGGCUGCCACAGACCAGGGGGCAGGAAAGGGUGAGGGGAUAGAGGUCAGAGGUUAA